GCUCAUGUGCGACUGUGUAUCACGGCCUAUGGUGUGGCUCCGUAUGUUCUCUUUUACAUGUUGGCAUUUUUCAUUUGUGGCAAUGGAAUGAACUAUGGGAGUUUAUUUCAGUUGCUUCGACGUAACCCUCCUGCAUUAAAUUGGAAACGGCGUGUUCUCAUGGCUUUGGACAUCGCACGAGGUAUGAAUUAUCUUCAUUGCUACAAUCCACUAAUCGUUCAUCGUGAUUUGAAGUCGUCAAAUCUGUUGGUUGAUAAUAACUGGAAUCUGAAGGUUGCGGAUUUUGGUCUCUCACGCCUCAAACAUGCAACCUUUUUGACAACAGAGAACGGGGAAGGAACGCCACAAUGGAUGGCUCCAGAGGUCAUACGCAGUGAGCCGGCAGAUGUGAAAUCUGAUGUGUAUAGCUUUGGAGUUGUAUUGUGGGAGCUUGCUACCCGAAAAGUUCCUUGGGAUGGUUUGAUCCCAAUGCAGGUGAUUGCUGCUGUAGGGUUCAUGGACCAACAACUUGAGAUCCCAGAAGAUACCGACCCACAAUAG